CCAGGGGUUUACACAUAUGAUGUUCAUGGCGCCACCGAAUGUGGACUUUUUUUAAUUCAACUCUCUCUCUUUCUCUUCUAAUAUGAUUCAAAAUUUCAUCUUUUUCUUUCCUUGUUCUUCCACACCUAUAAGUACACCAAACCCACUUCACAUUUCUCUCAAAAUCUCUACUUUUUCUUCAUUUUCCCUUCUUUGAAGGAGAAACAGAGUUUGCUCUGUUUUUAUGAUUGGUUUUUUUUCAAGGGUUUUAAAACAGAGUGUUGAAGAUGGACAAUGGAGAGAUUUACAGAGUGAGCAGUACGCGUAUGAACAGCUCAACUAUAUGGAGGAACAGCGCCAUGGAUGUGUUUUCGAAAUCUUCUCGUGAUGAAGAUGAUGAAGAAGCUCUUAAAUGGGCUUCCAUUGAAAGGCUUCCUACUUAUUUACGUGUUAGGAGAGGGAUUUUGUCUCUUGAAGGUGAAUCUGCUAGAGAAAUUGAUGUUCAAAAUCUGGGUUUGUUGGAGCGGAGGAACAUCUUGGAACGGCUUGUCAAGAUCGCUGAGGAAGAUAAUGAAAGAUUCUUACUCAAAUUGAAGAACCGAAUGGAAAGAGUUGGGCUUGAUCUUCCUGCCAUUGAAGUUCGAUUUGAGCAUUUGAAUGUUGAAGCAGAGGCUCAUACAGCCGACAGAGCUUUACCAACCGUUUUCAACUUUUCUCUCAACAUGCUUGAGGGGUUUCUGAGCUACUUUCAUAUCAUCCCAAAUAGAAAGAAACAUCUAUCAAUUCUUCAUGAUGUUAGUGGAAUCAUCAAGCCAGGAAGAAUAAGUCUUCUUUUGGGGCCGCCGAGCUCCGGCAAGACGACGUUACUUCGAGCAUUAUCCGGAAAACUUGGGAAUGAUCUUAAAGUUUCUGGGAGAGUUACUUAUAAUGGACAUGGAAUGAAUGAGUUUGUUCCACAAAGAACGUCAGCUUACAUUAGCCAACAAGAUCUUCACAUUGGAGAGAUGACUGUAAGAGAAACGUUAUCAUUUUCAGCGAGAUGUCAAGGAGUUGAUCAACGUUAUGAUAUGUUAACAGAGCUAUCAAGGAGAGAAAAGGCUGCAAACAUUAAGCCUGACCAAGAUCUUGAUAUCAUCAUGAAGGCGGCUGCUUUAGGAGGACAAGAGACCAACGUUGUGACAGAUUAUGUUCUUAAGAUUCUUGGACUAGAAAUCUGUGCUGAUACAAUGGUGGGAGAUGAAAUGUUUAGAGGCAUCUCUGGUGGGCAAAAGAAGAGGGUAACGACCGGGGAGAUGCUGGUCGGACCGGCUAGAGCUAUGUUCAUGGACGAGAUAUCGACAGGAUUGGACAGUUCAACGACGUACCAGAUUGUUAAUUCAUUGAGACAAUCCAUUCAAAUUCUGAAUGGAACUGCAUUGAUAUCUCUUCUUCAACCUGCCCCUGAAACUUAUGAUCUGUUUGAUGAUAUAAUUCUGAUAUCAGAUGGACAAGUUGUGUAUCAAGGUCCACGCGAAAACGUGCUCGAGUUCUUCGAACAUAUGGGAUUCUCUUGCCCUCAGAGGAAAGGAGUAGCGGAUUUCUUACAAGAAGUGACCUCAAGGAAAGAUCAAGAACAGUAUUGGGCUAAGAGAGAUGAGCCUUAUAGAUUCAUCGAUGUGGGAGAAUUUUCUGAAGCAUUUCAAUCGUUUCAUGUGGGGAAGAAGCUUGGUGAUGAACUUGCUAUUCCAUUUGACAAAUCUAGAAGUCAUCCAGCUGCUUUAACAACAAAAAGAUAUGGUGCUAGCAAGAAGGAACUGUUGAAAGCAUGCAUUUCAAGGGAGUUUUUGCUGAUGAAAAGGAACUCAUUUGUGUACAUUUUUAAGUUAGUUCAACUGAUUAUCAUGUCUUUCGUGGCAAUGACGUUGUUUUUACGAACGGAAAUGCACCGGAGGACGACGGAUGACGGAUUAGCUUACAUGGGGGCGAUGUUCUUUGCAAUUUUGAUAAUCAUGUUCAAUGGUUUCUCUGAGCUAGCUUUGACAAUCCUGAAACUUCCUGUGUUCUACAAGCAAAGGGACUUGCUGUUCUUUCCGGCUUGGGCAUAUUCACUUCCCACAUGGAUUCUUAAGAUCCCUAUUUCAAUUGUUGAAGUAGGAAUUUGGGUAGCAAUGACUUACUACGUAAUCGGAUUCGAUCCAAACGUCGAAAGAUUCUUCAAGCAGUUUCUGUUGCUGUUGUGUGUGAACCAAAUGGCGUCGGCUCUAUUUCGUUUAAUCGCGUCGUUAGGACGAAAUCUCAUCGUUUCAAAUACAUUUGGAUCAUUUGCUUUACUAACAGUUCUUGUUUUGGGUGGAUUCAUCUUAUCUCGAGAAAACAUUCAUCCCUGGUGGAUUUGGGGUUACUGGAUCUCUCCAAUGAUGUAUGCACAAAAUGCUAUAGGUGUUAAUGAGUUUCUUGGCCAUAAGUGGAGUCAUUUGGCGCCGAACUCGACUGAAUCACUCGGAGUUGUGGUCCUUAAAGCACGUGGGAUCUUCCCAGAAGCUAGAUGGUAUUGGAUUGGGGUUGCAGCUACAAUUGGAUAUAUUUUGCUAUUCAAUUUUCUUUUCACUAUCGCGUUGAAGUACCUCGAUCCUUUUGGGAAGCCUCAGGCUGUACUGUCCUCCAAAGAGAGCUCAACUGAGAAAAGUGUGAAGAAAUCUGAAGAUGUUCAAGAAGGAAAUAGCACUUAUAAUGCAGAGAGGAGUGAGAAUGAGGUUAGUUUAUCAUCAAGAACAUCAUCUGCAAGAGUUGGAAGCAUUAAUGAAGCUGAUAGGAACAAGAAGAGAGGAAUGGUUCUUCCUUUCGAACCGCAUACGAUCACGUUCGACGAAAUUCGAUAUGCAGUAGACAUGCCACAGGAAAUGAAAUCACAAGGCGUUACUGAGGACCGACUCGAGCUUUUGAAGGGUGUGAGCGGUUCGUUUAGGCCCGGAGUUCUAACAGCCCUGAUGGGUAUCAGUGGUGCUGGAAAAACAACUCUUAUGGAUGUGUUAGCUGGGAGAAAAACUGGUGGAUACAUAGAUGGAAACAUCACCAUUUCCGGGUAUCCUAAAAAUCAAGAAACAUUUGCUCGGAUUUCGGGAUAUUGUGAACAAACUGAUAUACAUUCUCCGCACGUUACGGUCUACGAAUCACUUGUUUACUCGGCGUGGUUGCGGUUGCCUCCUAAUGUUGAUAAUGCUACCAGAAAGAUGUUUGUUGAGGAAGUUAUGAAUCUUAUUGAGCUCAACCCAAUAAGAGAUUCAAUUGUUGGAUUGCCUGGAGUCAAUGGACUUUCAACUGAGCAACGCAAGAGAUUAACCAUAGCUGUUGAACUUGUUGCAAAUCCAUCUAUAAUAUUCAUGGAUGAACCAACCUCUGGUCUUGAUGCUCGAGCAGCAGCCAUCGUAAUGAGAACGGUCAGGAACACGGUCGACACAGGCCGAACCGUCGUCUGCACCAUUCACCAACCAAGCAUCGAUAUAUUCGAUGCUUUUGACGAGCUCUUCUUGUUAAGACGUGGAGGUGAAGAGAUAUACGUCGGUCCCAUUGGUCGACAUUCGAUCCAUUUAAUCGACUACUUCGAGAGAAUUGAAGGAGUUCCAAAGAUCAAAGAUGGCUACAACCCUGCAACAUGGAUGCUUGAAGUCACCACAGCAUCUCAAGAAGCAAAUCUUGGAGUGAACUUCAACACAUUAUACAAAGAAUCAGAGCUUUUUAGGAGAAACAAGGAUUUGAUCAAACAACUAAGUGUUCCAAGUGAAAACUCCAAAGAGUUGUAUUUUCCCACUAAAUACUCCCAAUCUUUCGUGGUUCAAUGCAUUGCUUGCCUAUGGAAACAACAUCUUUCGUAUUGGAGAAACCCAUCAUACAGUGCUGUGAGAUUCUUGUUCACAACAAUCAUAGCCUUGAUGUUUGGAACGAUCUUCUGGGAUCUUGGAUCCAAGAGAGACACCCAGCAAGAUCUUUUCAAUGCCAUGGGCUCCAUGUAUACUGCUGUUCUAUUCGUUGGAGUACAAAACGCCACAUCAGUUCAACCAGUUGUGGCCAUUGAAAGAACUGUGUUUUAUAGAGAAAAAGCAGCAGGAAUGUACUCAGCAUUGCCAUAUGCUUUUGGACAGGUUGUGAUUGAACUUCCAUAUAUAUUCAUCCAAACAAUUGUGUAUGGAGUUAUAGUGUAUGGAAUGAUUGGAUUUGAGUGGACUGCAGCUAAGUUCUUUUGGUACAUUUUCUUCAUGUACUUCACUCUUUUGUACUUCACAUUUUAUGGGAUGAUGACUGUGGCUGUAACCCCUAACCACAACAUUGCUGCCAUUGUUUCAUCUGCUUUCUAUGGCUUUUGGAACCUGUUUUCCGGGUUCAUCAUCCCUCGAACGAAAAUCCCAAUAUGGUGGAGAUGGUACUAUUGGAUAUGCCCUGUGGCAUGGACACUCUAUGGGUUGGUGACAUCCCAAUUUGGGGACAUAGAAGACCGAAUGGACUCGAACCAAACCGUGGCGGAGUUUGUGAGAAGUUACUUCGGGUACAAGCAUGACUUUUUGGGGAUUGUUGCAGCAGUUCAUGUGGGGUUUACAGUGUUAUUUGGGUUCAUCUUUGCGUUCUCUAUCAAGUUCUUUAAUUUCCAAAAUAGGUGAUUCAAAACAAUAAACACUUUAGUAAUGUUGUGAGGAAUGAUAUGAAAGUGUAGCCUAUUCAACUAUUUUUUGUUCUUUUACUCAUUAAGCUUGUAAACAAAUAAAUGUUUUGUGUUCUCUAAAUAUAUAAUAAAAUAUUUUUU